GUCUGAAGAAACAGCCGUCUGGCUCUGCGUCCAUCAAAUUGGUUAUGUCAUGAAAAUAUUCGCCCAUAAAAUGCAGAAGCUCUCGUUGACCGUCACUUUACUAACUCUGUUGACAGUUCUGCGAAUUGGUAAGUCGUAUUCGAGCCUAUUUGCGUUGUUUUUUAUUGUUUGUUUGGUUGCAUGCGAGUCACCUAAACUGAAUCUCCACCAGACACCAGGUUGUCUGAACACUUCUGCAUAGACGAGUGUUUCGAGUCCUUUUGGAUUUCAUUUUUGUGGCCAAAUCCUAAAGUUUUUGAUACAGAAUUAUUCUGUUUUCAUUUCCCAGUUAUGUAGUUAAUUUUAUUUUCAGAAUACGUCAUGGAUUUGAUAUUAUUACUGAUUUUGUGUUACGAAAAUCUUGAAACCUACACUGUACAUGAUACGGCCGUCCUUUUGUGCGAGAACGCGCAGUCGUUUUCCUCGACUUUCCCUGGGAUUUUUUAACUUUUGGAUUUUCAAGAAACCGAAAUUAACAAAACAGAUUUUUCCUCGCUCUGAAAAUGGUAAUAUGUGUUGAUGAUUUGUGAAAGAGUAAUUUUGGUCAAUUCAACUGAAUAAUAAUGCGAGAUUCUAUAAUUAAACUGGCUCGUGAUUUAAACUCUUUUCAGUUCACCUGGUUGACCAAUAGUUUUCUAAAUGUCUUUUAUUUUUCUUUGAAAAGGUAAUGCCGUACGAGUAAAAUUUUCAAUUUUUAGGUUAUGAAUAUUUUAAUGCAUAAUAACUCACAUGUAUCAAACAAUAGUGUAAUUCUUUUAUAAUUUUUAUAAUCAGUAUUUGAGAUUGUAUUUCUGAAAGACUGAAGUACAGACAAGACAGUUAAUCCGAGUAGUUAUGUGUAAAUAUAAUACUCUUAUUAAUAUUAAAGCCGAAGCCUGUGGUUAGUCUGUUCUCAUUUUCUUUUUUAGUGUUCCAAGUUUUUUUUUCUUUUCUAAAAGAGCCUGAUCCACGAUCCAAGUUCCUACAAGAAAUACAUUGAGUAUUUCUCUAAGAAAACUUCUUUGGGUUCUAACUGUAAUUUGUUUUGUUAGAGAAACUUUUCCUUCCUGGGAUUGUUCAGUUAUACAGUAGAACCCCUUUAAUAGGGUCACCAAUGGGCCAAAAGAAUUUGGCCGUAUUAAUGGGUGACCAUAUUAACAAGGGUUUUUUUACAAGAAAAUGUAUGGCCAUUUCUCCAGGUGGCCAAAUUAAAGUGGGCAUAAUAACAAGAUGACCGUAUUACCAAUUAUUGGAAACUGUGUUGAAAGUACAUGUAAGAGAUGAAAAUCCUAGGUUAAUGAACCUAAUGAACUUGUUGUCUUAUAUACAUGUAUAAUGUAGUGACUCAGUAGGACUUAAAUAGGCAAACUAAAUUAUUUUAUAUCACUGAAAGUUCUGCAAUACUUGUGGUAUUUCAGGGGAAACAUAAUUAACUGUAAUAUAAAAAACAGAAGGAAUUUUAUAGUGAAGGAUUUAUUAGUAAGUCUGUAUUACUCAUUGAUAUACCCUCAGGGCAAUAUUGGUUGGGGUAAUAAUUACAAGACAAGACUUUUUUUAUCAUUCACUGAGUCAUCAAACCUGCUCUUUCAAAAAUUGGAGAUCCUUAAUGUUAAUCAAUUAAAUAAUCAGCAAACUAUCCUUUUGUGAUUGACCUAUUUAAUAGUAAGUUGCCAUAAAAUUUUAGAGAUAGUUACAUUUUGAAUAGUCAACUUCAUUCGUAUUCUACACAUUGAAGCAAUAAUAUAAAUAAGCAGUUUUACAGAACAAACUACGGCUAUUAUUCAAUACAAUGUAAAGGGAUGAAUUUGUGGAACUCUGUACUAGAAGAUUUAAAGAAUACAAAAUCACAAUGUAGUAUGAAAAAGAAAUUUAAGAAGUACAGUUGUAUCUUUUGUCACAACAGUGUGUAGAGAAUGCUUAGUAGUGUGCAAGUUUAUAAAAUGAAAUUAACUUAUAGUUAGAUUUAUAGUUAGAUUACAUGUAUGCUGUUUAUGGCAUCCAGACCUGAUAAACAAAAAAUUUAAAAAAAAUAGUAAAGUCCGUAAGGGUUUCCUAAAUUCCCCAUAUUAGUGUAACUAGAAAUACGUGUAUCGCAGAACCUCACGAAGCUUGGUGGGGGGGAGCCGAUAAGGGGUGGGAGGAGAGGAGAGAAAUGAAGUACAUCAUGUCACUGGGGAGGGCAGGUCUAAUAUUGGAAACUGAGAUGUACUUUUUAAAAAUUUGAACCUAGGGCUCUGGCUUUAAAAGGGAUCUUCUGAGAUUUAAAUGGGGUUGCUGUUAUUAGCCAAUGCUGCAUAGGUCCCAUCCCGUGUUCACCACAUUUGACCCUCUUACAUGUGUAAUUAUGGUCAAAAGGAAAUGGGGGUGAUAGUGGAUACUGAUGACUAAUAUGCAGUUGCAUUUGCUUAAUAAAAGCUCACCCUUAAAUGUAAGAAUUAUUUGUGAAAUGUGUCAGUAGUAGUGAGUGGAUGGCAAUGGUAGGAGAUAAUGCUGCAGUGAAAACAACAACUAAAUGCUGGUAAUUGGAGAAAAAAUUUAUUGUUAGGUGAACUACAGCUAUAAAAGUGUUUGCACUUUUUUGGUACGUAAACACACUUGACAACUAUUGUUUGUAACAGUAAAGUGCAAACAUAAUCACUGAAAUAGAAAAUUACAAGUAGCAAUGUCAUUAAGGAUGCAGUUCAUGAGAAUUAUUAAAGUGAUCAUGACUUAUGAUCAUUGAAUAUGCUGGCAUUCAUCGUCAAAGCACUGAAUCCAUGUAAAAAGUACCAAUUUUUUAUCACCUAGGCAAGUGUUCAGAGUUAUUCGUGUACAUGCAUAAGACAUGAUAAGAAACAAAUACCAGAGUGAAUUUGUAUGAAAUGUCCACAAACAAGUCAUGUUGAAGGUGAUCAGUUUCUCCAUUGGUGUGCAUUCUAAACAGGCAUGAGCUUGUUGAGACAGUGCCAGAGCCAUAGAUUUUUAUUUUCCGGACUGAGACGAGACAAAUGAACACUUUGCCUGUAUUACAUGCAUUUAUCGUGAAUGUAAAGCUAAGUGCAGGAUUGGUUGAUCUUAAAUGGGAAACCCUCUAUCUGUUUGCAUGUCGUUUAAUUUCUUGAAACAAUCUCAAUCUUCUUCUGCCAAUGGCACAAAUGUUUUGUUUCUAUGAAUAUGUCACCUCUCUCUGACUUCUUUGAAAGAGUGAAAUUUUAUGACUGACUUCUUAAAUUAAUUUUUCCCUAACAGCGAAAGGAAUUAACGUUCCUGGCAUGGCAGCCAUGUCACACACUAAUAUUCUGAGGAUAUCCGAAAUACAGAUGGUCUUUUGGAAUAAUAGGAACGAAAAUAUAGGAGCCCAGCAAUAACAAAUUUUUGUUGUAUUUGACUUAAAAAGACACAGCUUUGAUUAUGUAUAAGGCUGCUAUACACACAUGUAUAUAUAUUUUACUUGUGAAGGAAAUUGAAUAAAAAUAAUUUUGUUCAGUAGGGAUUUUGUUUACAAAUGUAACGCUUCCCUACAUGUCACACAUUAUCGGUGUUCUAAACUGUUCAUUGUAAAAUAAAGCUUACUGUAAAAUGGUGAAAAGGCUGAUUGGCUGUCCUCAGUCCGUUGGAAAGAUACUCCUCAUGUCGAUCUUACAGAUGGUGUAAUUCCUGCUGCCUAGGCCUAUCGUUGCAUCGAAGAACGGAUAAUUUUGACUGUAAACCGCCUCGUUACAUCCUCUGUGUUUAGUUGACAGUGUUUGCCUUUGCUUUGCCGUUGCUCGCACUGAAUUUAAAGUCGACUUUCUCGGUCUUGCAGAGUUUUGUUUGUAAUUGUUUCCCACCGAGGAUUUCCAGCCACUUGUUGAAUCCACUGUUGUUGAGUCUGCUGUUCUCUUUUAUUUGCCUGAGAUAUUGGGUGGUGAUUCACCGACCGUAAACAUUGUUAUAAUUCACAUAUGAAAAAACCCUCUUCACGGAUAAAACCCGGAGCUUUGUCAUCGAUGGCAAUCGGUUGCCUGGAAACCCAGUAUGCACUUUGACGUCACUACUCUGGAUGACAUCAAGGCGGACACCAACCAAACUUGAUAGAUUUAUAGCCAAGAGAAAAUCACACUGGCCUUGUGAUGCUCGUGUGAUACACGCGCGCUUCGCACGCAACGAGAUUAUAAACCUCGCGGCUCGGCGCUUCGCGAUGAAUUAUAUCUGUUCAAUAUAGUAAAGUUAAUGUUGUUAAUAUAUAUUCACAGGAAAAAAUAACCGAUUCCGAUUUUUGGAUAUUUUAGGGAAUUUAAAGAAUACCCACAAAAAUCCCAAAUUUGGAAGAGUGAGACAAGUCCCAAUCAGGGAACUUGGUUGGGAAUUCCCUGGUUGAGACUUGUGUCACUUUGCCAAAUUUGGGCUUAUUGUAGUUUGCGAAACGAAAUGGAGCGAAGCAAAACAAAACGAAAUGGAACGAAAUGAAACGAAUCUGUAGUUUGCGAAAUGAAAAUCUGUAGUUUGCGAAAUGAAAAUCUGUAGUUUGUGAAAUGAGAAUCUGUAGUUUGCGAAAUGAAAAUCUGCAGUUUGCGAAAUUUGGAUUUUUCGUGCAGUUGCAAACGUAAGAACAAUAGAGGAAAACUAUCCCCUAGGUCGCCAUUCAGAAACUCAUGCAAAGGUUGUUAUGAAGUUGUUUGAACCGCCAGCUGCUUUUGCUGAACUAGAGAAGAAGCUAUACUUAUGCCUGAAUUGCUGUCGUGAAUGGCUCCUUAGCCUGUAUUUGUAGCUAGUUGCUUGUGAUAUUUUUUAUGUCGGAUGAACAGGCUGCAGUUAUCUAUCGGCGAAUAGCUUCAUGAUCAAGAAGAAACAAUGACUUUCCUCCAAAGGGAAUUCCUGCCGUCAAAUGACACUUAAACAACAAAAUCUUCUGCUCGAAAUACUUUUUUCCCUGCAUUUGUUUAUCUUUACAAAACAUUAAAACCACCAUGUUCGAAAGUAACAACAAAGCCACAAUGAUGUAUUUUAUCGGUUCGUUUGAAUAUCGCGUGACGUUUCUGGUUAAGAUAAGGCCACCGGAAGUGGACUUUUUGCAUUCUUGAGCAGUGGUUCUUGGGCAAAUUUUCAGGCAGAUUGUCUCUAUAAGAGUAAUGACACUUAUCAAUACAAAUGUGGUGGCGUCAAGGCAUAUAAAACGGGAAGAGGUCUUGCUUCCGGUUGCUGUCCGUCGCUCAAAAACACCUGAGCUUAAGUUAAACUUUAUGCGUGCAACGAAAACGUCACGCAUUCCGCGCUAUCUGAAUUUUCUGGGCGAAACGGCUUUUUUUGGGGGAAUUUUCUGUUUAGAAUAUCCGAGUAGACACAGCGAGAAAGUAAAUUGUCAUUUCGCAAACUACAGAUUGUCAUUUCGCCAACUACAGAUUGUCAUUUCGCAAACUGCAGAUUUUCAUUUCGCAAACUACAGAUUUUCAUUUCGCAAACUACAGAUUUUCAUUUCGCAAACUACAGAUUCUCAUUUCGCAAACUACAGAUUCUCAUUUCGCAAACUACAGAUUUUCAUUUCGCAAACUACAGAUUUUCAUUUCGUUUCGUUCCACUUCGUUUCGUUUCGUUUGUUUCGCUCCAUUUCGUUUCGCAAACUACAGUAAGCCCCAAAUUUGGGAUUUUUAUGGGUAUUCUUUAAAUACCCUAAAAUAUCCCAAAAUGGGAAUCCGUUAUUUUUUCCUGUGAUUAUUAGUUUUUGGUAUAUACAGACUCAGUGCUCUUGGUAAUUCAAGCAAUCUGAUUAGUUUGCUAUCUCAGCCUAUAUUCACUGCCCUAGGCGGUGAAUAUAAAGCAAAACAAAAUCACAGUCGUAAAUUGGGUGUUUUGCCAAAGACUUCAUGGAGUUGAACAGCAUGAUUUAUUGUGAAGUGAUUUACUGUAGCUGGCUUUUUAUACGCUCGAAGAAAUGUUUACCACCACAGAGCAAAAGCAAUGAGGCUACUUUGUCACUGUUUUGUGAACUCGGGAUUUCCCCACAAGACCAAUUUUGCCUAUGAGUUAAUUUUUAUUGGACAUAAAAGGAAGGCAAAUAUUUUUGAAAAUUGUAUGUGCUAGCAAGUUAACAAGGCAAAGAACGCUGCAGAUAAACAACACUCACCUCGAUUGUGGCCGCUGUUGACAGCAUUAAUUUUGUAAGAAGCGACAAAAAAUCUUCCUCAUUCAUAGUUAUGAAGCAAAAUAAAGAAGAUGAAUUUGAUGUUUAUCAUGUAAGGAAAGACUUCCAAGGCAUUCAAAACAGUGAUUCUGGGUGUUUACAGUUUUUUCAAGUAGAAGCAAGGCCAUUUUUAGGUCCACGUCAAGUGUUAUUUUUUGCAUUUUACUCUGGCUAGUUUGACUAAAUAAUGCUUGUUUUGGAUAUGGUUUGAAAGAUCUCCUUCCCCUGCCCAAGUUAUGUAGUUGUCUAUGAAUGUGAGAAGUGAUGACCUCUUGAGUAGGUCAAGGGAUCUGGAUCAGCAUCAUGUGUGAUAACAGGCAUUUCAGGGUCAGGGCUCAAAAUACAUGUAAUAGCUGGUUAAGGGACAAUGUCUGGCUAGAAAUGGUGACUUUAAAAUUGACCAGCCAAAAACGUCACUCACUGCAUGGUCAUCUUGACGGUCACACAUGCACUCUCACGGCUGAAAAACAGCCAAAUCCUCAUUUGUAAUAAUAAUAGACUCAAACAAAUCCUCACCUGUGAAUCGCAGACUUUGUCUUUUUGUUUAAAAAAUACAUGUACAUUCACUUUCUCUGGACAGUAGAAAAUCACAUAUAAGGGUAAGUAAACUUUUUUCCCAAUAAAAUUAUUAUCUUUACCAGUCAGAAACGAGACUUGACUGGGCACAAAUUUCUUUGGCCAGUUAAUAUCGUGUUCCGCCACCUACUGAAAAUAAUUUUGAGCCUUGAGGGAUGAAUGUGAUAAGAUUGUUCAUGGCUGUUGGGUGUAUUUUUUUAUAUUUUUGUCACAGGGUAUUGAUAUUAUGAUCUGUGUUAUUUUGUAGUUGGUUGCAAGAGGAUGCUGAUUUGUAGAUGUGAACCUUGUGAGGACCAAACCACCUGCCUUACAGAUGGAGCAUGCCUGGCCACUCUAGACAAAGUUAUUGCAACUGGAGAAAUUAUGUGGAGAAAGAGUUGUACUAAUUCAGAAAAUGGUGACAGGCUUUUAUGUUACAAUCCUCCUACACCAACCAGCGUUGCCCACUGUUGUUAUUAUAACAUGUGUAACACAGACAUUACUCUUACUUUUCCAACAACCUCAACGAUUUUGCCAUCUAAAUCAGUUAGAGGUAAAUGGCUACUUUCAUACUGUAAAUAAGACAAUGAACUUGCUUAAAACUACAUGAAGGAGCUCUGAGGAGCUGCAGGACAGAUUAUAUUUAAAAGCGACAGUCAGGAAAAAUCGAGCAAAAUCUUAAUUUCAUGGCUAGAGUUGAAAAAUCAAUUUUUUUCAUUUUUUUGUCCAUAGAUACCUUUCAGGUAGAUAAGAAUCCUGAUGUAGAUUGUUCCCGCAAGGAGCAUUUUAUUUGUAAGAAAAAUUAGAAGAUCAGUUUUCGAUGUCAUAGUCUCAGACGGCCCUAAUUUUUAACCUGAAAAUAUUCUAUAAUAUCAACAAUAUCAACUUUCCUCGCAUUUGCAAACAAAGUCGCAUGGAGAAAAUUUGGACACUUUCUAUGAACAGAAAAAUUCUCUUUCUUUCACUAGAAGAAACUUUCAGGGCAAUAGCGAGGUUCGUCACACUGAAAUAAUGCAAUAAUGAGGGAUAGCUUUUCAGGAUAACAAAAGCUUAAGUUUAGUACUGAUUUUCAAAGGCAAUAUUUAACAUGACUUGUGGUAUACACACUGUAACUCCAAAUUCCUUUCAUUUUAAACAUUCCUUUAAAACAUACCAGGGAAUUGGCUUGGGUUAUUGAAGGUAAUCUCUGUAAGACACCAUCAAAGUUCAUGAAUUUUCAUGGUAGGCCAGCGGUAAAUGUGUAAGGGCCUUGUUUUUUGUAUUUCUUGUAGGUUUCCACAUUGCAGAAUUGCUUUUUUGUAAAUCAAAGAGUGAGGCAAAAAGGUGAAACUGGGUCAAUUUCAGCCAUUUUGAAACACUGAACUCUACCAGCCGGCGACUCUGCGUGACAUAUGUUCGGUGACUGCACGUGCCAUAACGUAGGUUUGAAGAGACAUAGCCGUCAAAAUGACAGUGACAGAGUCAGGAUAGUAAUGCAACGAAAUUCUUGGAAGGGUAACAUUUUGAUGCCGACAGUGUUUUGAAGAAUAAAAAAUCAAAUACGCUAUAGUUCUGGUACUCACUUUUUAUCAAAAAAUAAGGACUUUGGCAAUGGUAAUUCGCUAAUAUGACAUAACAGGAAGAUAAUUAUAUCACCUUGUUACAUUACGAAACAAUGAAAUUUGGAGCCGUUAAAUAAGUUAUUUUGGUCACGCUUCACUGUAUUUUAAUACCAGACAUCGAUGCUUUUGUUUGGAGGCUGCCUUGAGUAACCCAAUCCAAUUCUCAGGGAUGUGUUAGAUGAAUGUCUAAAUGUGUGAUUAAAUGAGGACUGAGAAAAUUUGGGGCUAUACCACAUGAAGUAUAAUGGCACAAAAAACUACUAAAUUAAAGUUUUGUCGCCAUAAAAACUUGUUCGUCAUUUUUGAAUUAUGUCACGUCAGCGAGUCUCGAUAUUACUUUGACAGUAUCUUCUGGUGAAAGAAGAAGAGUUGUUCUAUUUAUGGGACAUGUCCAAAUUUCUCCUUGUGGCUUUGAUUGCAAAUGCGAGGAGAGUUAAUGUUACCAAAUUUCCAAUUUGAAAUAGGGCCAUUUUGAGACUCCAACCACGAAAACGUACAUUGUAUAUUCUUAACUUUUCUCGAAAAUAAAAGAUUUUUUGCUAGAACAUUAUUUACAUCAGAUUACUUAUCAACCUUAAAGCUAUCUAUGGACAAAAAUGAAGGACAUCGAUUUUUGAACUCUUGAUGCUCGAUAUUUCCUGACCGUUGCUCUUUAAGCCUUGAGGUAAUAUUUCUUGCCCUUUUGCCAACUUGGGGUGAAAACUUGCUGUGUUUGCUCAAAAAAGCACAACAAUGAGAACAACAAAAAUCUUUAUUUUUCCUUAAUUCUACUUUUUACAGAAGUGCGUGAGCCUGGAGGGUUUUCAUGAUAUUUAAUAAUAGUAGCGGGAGAAAGCUGUAACAUACAGGAGAAUAUUUUGAAGAGGCUUCAUAUCUGAAUGACAAAUAGUCAUAGGCUAUCGAAUGCUAGCCUGAGAAUUCUGUGUAGUGAGCGGAGAAUUCUCCAAUCUCCGAUACCCAAUGAACACCCUGAGGUAGCUAGUGCUAAUUAAUCUUGGUGGGCCAGUCAAUUACAUGUAAUGUGUAAGGAAUAAUUUUUUUUUUUGUUUAGUACAGUAUUUCUAUAUCUAUAAUAUAUAAAAUAUAGAUAGGAAAGAGUGUACAGUGUACAAAAGUCAUAGGAGAGAAAGAAUUUACAGUGUACAAAGAAUUUUCAGUAUAAUUAUUGUAAAGUUUAUGGAAAAAGCUGGGGUCAUUUUAUACGAUGUACUUUUGUCAAGAGGAUUUCUCCUUAGAAAUGCACCAUAGCACUAAUGAAAUUUUCCUCCUUGAUGGUGCAGCACUCAUUGGGAUUGGUGUCUGUCUGGAAGGUUGUUUAUGGUACCCUAUAUUUAAAAAGAUCAAUGUGGUCAAGUGCUUAUGAUAAUGGAUAAGUGACCAUCAUUGUGUCAAAUAUACUGAAUGGUGGUAUAGAAUCACAAAGGGAACAUUGUUACACAACCGCUUAAAAGUAAGUUACUUGCCCUCUUAUGAGACAUGAAUGGUCCGAUUCUUGUAGCACAGAUUGUAAUUUUCGCAUCAUGUAUCUCCCUAACUAUUUUGGCUAAUAUUCUUGUGCAAUGUAAAAAAUCCAUUGUAAAGCAGUAAAGAACAAUUAAGCUUAAUGUAGACACCUGUCACACUGUAUAACAAACACUGUCUUUUAAUGUCAGUCACUCAGAUAUUGUUGAAUUGUUUUCAGGUUCUGAACAGGGUAAUACCAGUGGGCUAAGUACAAUAGCUGUUGCUGCAGCUAUUGCUGGUCCAAUGUGCGUAAUAUGCGUUUUGAUCAUGGUUUUUAUUUGGUGGUACCAAAGUAGACAGAGAAAGCAACAAGAAAGGUCAAAAGAUGCACAAGGAACACUACAACCUUUAGAGGAUGAAGCUGUUAUCCCACCAGGACAGACAUUGAAGGAGUUAAUGGACAUGUCAACAGGUAGGUUGGUAACUUAUCAUGCCAGGACUUAGGCAGGCAAAUAAAAAAAUAAUGUCGUCAUUUAUUCCCAGCAGGAACUGAGGUAAAGAGUUCAUUUUGCAACUUCUUUAGCUAUGUAUUUUGUGGGAUCAAUGGGCAACAAACUGUUCUGUACAUAGCCUGUGAGCAAGCUCUCCUACUUGGGCGACUUAAACGAGUCUCGCGAGAACGGCCCCUCGCUCGCGCGCUCUCAUGAGGCUCGCUUCGCUUGCCUAAAUAGGAGAGCUUGCUCACAGGCUAUUCUGUACAAGAAAGAGUUAUUUUUAAAUUUGGUUAAAUGUAAUUUAACUAAGUUAACCACCACGAGCUUAGCGGUCAAGCGGUUCACAAGCGUAGCGGUCAAGCAAUUCACAAGCAUAGCGGUCAAGCGGUUCACAAGCUUAGCAGUUGAGCGGUCCACAAGUUAAGCGGUCUAGCGGUCCACAAGCUUAGCGGUCAAGCGGUCUACAAGCUUAGCGGUCAAGCGGCCUGGCGUAGCGGGCAUCCAGCGGUCAAUCCCAUAAGUGCAGGCUCACAUGGUGUGUGGUAGCUUUGUACAUGGCUAGGAUCUGCGAGUUGUUCAUCGGCGUUUGUGCAGUGGUCUGUGGGCGGUUCAUUUAGCGUCUUUCGCCUUUUUAGCGAUCUUUGGGCGUCAGUCUUACAGUGUGCUUUUUCUUGUAUCCUUUUUCUUUCAUUUAUUUUUCAAAGCGUGCGGGUCGUCACGUUCGUUCAGGAUGCGUACCACGAACAACAGCUUGUCAACGAUGUCUUCCCGGUUACGGCGUCUUCGCCUUCUUCUAGCGGUUCUACCCUAGCUCCUACAGUCAACACCUCGGCUUCUCCGCCAAGUCAACCUGUUUCCCUGCGGACACACCAGCGCUAGCCCAGGCAAUUUCAAAGCUCUCGUGGAAUCGCUCCCUCCGUUGCUAUCUUCCCUUGAGAUUCCAGUGGCGGGGAACUCGAACACGGCCCUUGGCGUCUGUUCCUCUCUCCUCGACCCGACUUCUACGCAGUCUCCGGCAUCCUCUAGCUCCAGUACCCCUGGCUCUACCUCCCAGUCUUCAGGCACGCUUGUUGUGCCCUCAUUUAUUUCAACGCACAGCUCAUCUGGCGGUCCUUUGGUAGUCUCCUCUCUUCCCGCCACGUCCUCCACCAACUUGCCUGUAGUGGUUGGGGGCUCUUGUGGUGGCGCGACCGAACCGAGUCCCCACGCUUCCAAACCUCAACAAAGCAUUUGUGGUGGGCCCUGGCUAUGCUCCAGUCCCCUUUAAGCUUGUUUCUAAAAUUACCGCGGGGGCUUUUUGUAGACUUGGCUGACCUCCUUCCGGACAACAUCAGAGCUCAAGAAAUCGAACCCAAAAAGCGUUUUUGGAGGGAAAACUGGUGGUAUCAGGGUCGAAGAAACAGGUCAUUGAAAUAGCAGACAUCAUCACCUGGAUUGAAGCCUUCACAAUCUUUUCUAUGAUUCUUUGCCACACCUCCCCUCUCGCUGGAAAGAUUUAAAUCAGUACAAGUUACUCAUCAUCCAGACAGCAAGGCGCUUUUCUGACAAAUCGUGGCUCCACUACGACAUCGCGUUCGAAAAAGAAGCCGCAGCCUCAGGUUCAACCGACUGGUCUCGCAUGCACCCAGACCUCUACAACUUUCACACCAGAUCUCCAGUGACCACCUCAACUGCUUCAGGCUCCUCAACUUCCUCUGCCUCGUCACUAUCAGAGCCUCUUGGGUCUUCAGGCAAUCCCGGUCUAGCCAGUAUUGCCACUCCUGGAAGACGGGCGCUGUCGCUGGCCCUUUGGUUGCUGUCGGUUUCGUCACUCCUGUGAAUCGUGCCCGCAGGGGACCACCCCGCAUCCACUGCCCUCACCGGUCCAGCGGAGAGAACGGUCCCGCCCCUUCUCAGUCAAAGGGGGUCUCCGCCGUCGCUAGGCAACCUCUAGCCAAUUCAACUGUAAAUAGUUUUGUUCCUGUUCACGUUGGUUCUCAUGGUAAUUUUUCAGCGUUAGAGUUGCGUUCUCCUUUUGUGUUACCUUCUCAGCAGCAGGGUCUGCCAAGUUCCAGUUCUUCGUUGUGUUCUCCAGCUGUUUGUCCUUUAAGACCAGUUUCUCAGCUUACUCCCAUCAAUGUGGAUAGAUUCCAGCAUGAACUCUGUCAUCAUCCUAACCCAGACAAAGUUGCAUAUGUGGUCCAAGGCCUUCGAUGAUGGUUUUCACCUAGGUUUCAAUUACAGUACUUCCCUGAAGUCAGCAACAGGGAAUAUGGCUUCAGCACUCCUGAACCCUCAGGUCAUUGACAAUUACUUGCAGUCGGAAGUUCAGUCAGGCAGGGUGGCGGGUCCUUCUCCCAGCCUCCCCUCCCUGUCCUCCACGUGAGUCGUUUUGGCGUCAUCCCCAAACGCCACCAACCUGGCAAAUGGCGUCUUAUCCUGGACCUGUCUAGCCCUGCGGGGCACAGUGUCAACGACGGAAUUGCGGGCGAGGAUUAUUCUCUGCAGUACAUGAAGGUAGAUGACAUUAUUGCAGGCAUAAUGCGGCUGGGGCGGGGUUCCCUCAUGGCGAAAUUUGACGUGCAAAAUGCAUACCGACAUUGUGCCAGUCCAUACAGAAGAUCGCCAGUUGCUGGGUAUGAAAUGGCGUGGUGCCUUUUAUGUUGAUAUGGUCCUGCCUUUUGGUGUCAGGUCAGCUCCAUAUAUCUUCACAUGUAUAGCAGACUUAGUGGAGUGGGUGGCCAAGCAAAACUACGAUGUCACCUUCCUGAUGCAUUACCUUGAUGACUUCCACACUCUUGGCCCUCCCGGCUCCUCUGUUUGUCAACAUAAUCUGGACAGGUCAAUUGACUGUUUUUCUAAGCUUGGCAUCCCCUCCAUCCAGACAAACUAGAAGGGCCGUCGACGUGCCUAACCAUCCUGGGCAUUGAACUGGACUCUCUUAAUCUGCUGGCACGCCUUCCUCAGGACAAAUUUGAUAGGAUAACUGCCUUGUUGGAAGAUUGGUCACAAAAGCGUUGGUGUAAACGCAAGGAUCUGGAGUCCCUAAUAGGUCACCUUCAGCAUGCCUGCAAAGUCGUACCCCAAGGUCGCUCAUUCUUGCGCCGAAUGAUUUACCUACUAUGUGCCUUUCGACGCGAUGACCACCCGAUUCUGUCUCAAUCAAGAGUUCUUUCUUGACCUAGCCUGGUGGCAAGAGUUUUUCCAGUCUUGGAAUGGUUGCAGCUUUCUUCAGUACCCCAGUGGGCUCAAUUCCUGACUUCGAGGUUUCUUCAGAUGCCUCUGGGGCUCUUGGUUAUGGAGCAGUCUUCCAGGGUCACUGGUUUUCAGGUGCAUGGCUCCCAUCUCAGGUCUCUCAGUCUAUCGAGUACAAGGAACUUUUCCCUAUCGUCGUGGCAGCUUACCUCUGGGGUCCCCAGUGGGCCUCCAAACGGGUCAACUUCCUAUCAGAUAACCGCUCAGUGGUGGACAUUUUGCAGUCUGGCACUUCAAGAGCCCCUACCAUCAUGUCCUUGGUUCGCUAUCUGUCCCUGUUGGCAGCUUGUCACUCCUUCUCCUUCACUGCCUCCCCAGUUAGAGGGAAGUCUAACCCCAUUGCUGACUCCCUGUCUCGCUUUCAGUUUCAGCGUUUUCGCCGGCUAGCUCCUCUUGCAGACUCCAUUCCAACCCAGAUUCCGCAGCAGCUCCUCUCGGACUUGGAUCUUCGCUGUCAGAUAAAUACCACUUCUAUUUGACUCAGGGUCUUGCCCCCUCCACUAGGAAAGUCUAUGCUUCUGCCCAAUGCCGCUUCUUGGAUUUCUGUGCUCAGGACAAUAGCCUAUCUCCUUCGGGAUCAGCUCUUCCAGCCAGUGAAGACGUGCUCAUCCGUUUCUGCUGUCAUCUUGCUGAUACUCUUCACCAUUCAUCCAUAAAGGUUUACCUUUCAGCAAUUCGGUCCCUUCACAUUGAGGAGGGUCAUCCUUCUCCGCUGGUUGGUUGCCUUGGUUACAGCGGGUGUUGCGGGGCAUCAAACGUCACCAAGGCUCAAAUAAGCGUCAGCGCCAACCCAUCACAAUCGAGCUGAUGCACAUUAUCUUCCAGUCCUUGAACUUCUCUGACUACAACCAUACAAUGCUUUGGGCUGCCUGCUGUCUCGGGUUUUUUGGUUUCUUACGUGCUGGUGAGUUUACUGUCAACUCUCCCUUCAAUCCUGACAUCCACCUUGCUGUCAGUGAUGUCCAAGCAGAUUCCCUAGUCAAUCCUAGCAGCUUCAGGAUUCAUAUUAAGUGCUCUAAGACGGACCCCUUUCGCCAAGGUUGCCAUAUUUACAUUUGUGCUGGUAAACGUGAUCUCUGCCCUGUGCGCGCCCUUACCCAGUAUCUACACGUCCGUGGCUCAACUCCUGGCCCACUCUUCCUUCUCUCUGAUGGCACCCCUCUACAUCGCCAAUGGCUGACAUCCAGUAUUCAGUCUAUCUUCUCCGCUGCUGGGGUCACUGGUUGCUACACCGGUCAUAGCUUCCGCAUUGGCGCUGCUACUUCAGCAGCCUCUCGUGGCUUACCAGAUCACCUCAUCAAGACACUUGGCAGAUGGUCCAGCGAUGCGUAUCAGAUUUAUAUUCACACUCCCGUCAGUACUAUCGUGGGGGUAGCAAACCUUCUCACUUGACAGGUAUUUUCUUGUGUAUCUUUCUCUUUUCCUAGUUGUCCUUGUAGGGUGCCUCGGGACUUGGGUAGUUUGGGGCCAGGGCUUCCCCCAGCCCUGAGCCCCUCUUUCCCUCUCCGAUCUGGCUGCGUCAGCUUGGAGAGUCCCUUCGGCUUGGAAUGGGGGCUCAUGGCUGGGUUGCGGGGAUUUGCCAGCCAUGGGGGCAGUUUUUCUAUCUAGGGGCUGGCUGGCCACAGUGGAAGCCCCUGGGUAUCCCGGGCACCCACCUUCCACUUAAGCGAGGCAGUUGGUUAUAUUUGGUUAAAUGUAAUUUAACUAAGUUAACCACCACGAGCUUAGCGGUCAAGCGGUUCACAAGCGUAGCGGUCAAGCGGUUCACAAGCGUAGCGGUCAAGCAAUUCACAAGCAUAGCGGUCAAGCGGUUCACAAGCUUAGCAGUUGAGCGGUCCACAAGUUAAGCGGUCUAGCGGUCCACAAGCUUAGCGGUCAAGCGGCCCACGAGCGUAGCGGGCAUCCAGCGGUCAAUCCCAUAAGUGCAGGCCCACAUGGUGUGUGGUAGCUUUGUACAUGGCUAGGAUCUGCGAGUUGUUCAUCGAGCGUUUGUGCAGUGGUCUGUGGAGCGGUUCAUUUAGCGUCUUCCCCCCCUCCCAUCCCUAUUUUUCUUCCUUCCACUGUUUGAUCAGUGUGACGGGUGCCUGGAAUGGGGGCUCAUGGCUGGGUUGCGGGGAUUUGCCAGCCAUGGGGGCAGUUUUUCUAUCUAGGGGCUGGCUGGCCACAGUGGAAGCCCCUGGGUAUCCCGGGCACCCACCUUCCACUUAAGCGAGGCAGUUGGUUAAUUUCUUGCUACCUGAAGGGUAGAAAGGCACUUUGAUGUUCAAAUGUGUCAUUAUAAUAAUAACUGUUUUUUCCUCAGUUACUGCAGGCCAAAGGCCAAGGCUGGUAACACUUAGUGAGACCUUGAUUGUCUAGGAUAUAACAAAAACCGAAUCUGAUAAUUGUUUUAUUGUACAUUGUUUUGAGGAAAAUAACAAACAACACGGUCGCAAGGAACCUAAAUUGAUAAAUAAGAGGUUUGAACUUGAAAUCCGUAAAACAGUGCUCAAUACAUAAAGUAGAGCGAGUAUACGCGAGUAUACGAGUUACUUGUUUUCUUCCGUCAACCAUAUGUAAAUUGAUAAAUAUGUUGUUGGAAAUCAUGCAUUGCACGCAACCUACAGAUUAGUCAAUUACAAGAUCAAUCAUGAACAUAAUUUAUCUCGAUAACUAACUAAUCUGUAGGUUGUGCUGAUUUCCAUAAUUAGCUGCAGGCACUUAGUUAGUUAGAAGGAGUUAUGUGUUUAAAAAAUUCUAACCAGUUUGCCAGUUUGAAAAAUCUAAACCGGUUUGAAAUGUUCAAACUAAAGAUUACAUUUGAACUACAACAUGUGAAACCCCUACAGGGCUAAUGAACUUGACUGAUCUCUAAAGGAACACAUUUUUCAGACAGACCGCUUUCUGUUUCAAGGAUAAUGAAGUAUACAGUAAUAGCCCGCGUAUAAGAACCUGGGUUUUAAGAACCUGUUAGGCUAAAAUUUUCAUUUUAAGCCCCCUCCACAUAAGAACCUAUUUAGGCUAAAAUUUAUUAUUGCAAAGUUAGGUUCUUAUCAGUGGGGUUGCUGUAAAAGUGUAUAGGUAGAAACUGCUGAAUUAAGAUCAUCAUCUAGGACAUAUGCUGUACCUUCACUGAACUGCCUACAUAGGCAUUGCUCUAUGGUACAAAUAAAUGAUUUAUACUGUAUUAUCAGAUGAUAUUUAUAAUAUAUAUAGUAUAUUCAGAUGAAAUUCAUAUGAAAAUAUAAGAACCUAUUUUAAGAACCUCGGUAGCCUAAAUUUGCUUUAAGUACCAUUUAUAUAAGAACCUAUUUAGGCUAAAUUGAAAAAUUCAGGUUCUUAUACGCGGGCUAUUACUGUACGCCAUAGACUGUGACAAACGGCUUAAACUUAAUCCUCACUUACUUCUGUGAUAAAAUAAAAUUUGCCCUUUCGAAACGUAUCUGCGCAGAAAGGAAGAAUCAAACAGCUGACAAAAUUCUCCACUGUCUUGUUCGUGCAUUUGAAAUGAAAAGGUAACCUUUUCAAUGUUUGCACCUGGCUAAUAAUUACCACCGAUCAAUGGAAAGUUAACAAAGAAACACAAAUGGGCUGUAAUGUAAUUUCACUACAAUGCAGUGCAAAUAGUUUCUCGUCUUAAGUUUCCACAAUUAAGAUUGUCUUGGAUACACCCGCUUCAGAAAUCAAGACUUUUGCUUUUAGACGUAGGUAUGUCAUGGUCGUGUGAGUUAUAAAGUUGCAAAUUGCAUGUUGAAGCAAGCAGUUUUAAAUUACCCUAGACGUAUGUAAAAGUAGCAAUUUAAUACUUGAGUCGCUUGACUGUACCUUCCAACAAAACGGGUUGAGACACAAAAUAGCUGUUUUUCCUGUCAACCUAGCAAAAAUUAACAGAAACUGUCACCAAAUGAAUGACCAUUUCCAUUCCUCCCCUCACCCGAUGCUGUUUUAUAGGGUAACACCAGAAUUACACGUUACAUGUAGUUUUUAAACCAAAACAAUCCCAUUGAAAAGGGUUUGGGGAGGGCGGCUUACUUUUCAUUUAGACAUCGCCUAAAUAGAGUAAUGAAGAUUGCUUGCUUUGAUUCAAAGAUGCAAUAGGCAAGCAAUCUGUGUGAACGUAAAGGAGUCAAGUAAACAAGCAAGCGAUGUAAAUAGGGUAAAAAGCUUGUUGGAAAAAAAGCUCUGCUAGCAGGGUACUUGAUCCCACUUUUACAAGAAACACAAUUCCCAACAGUGUGGGAACGAAGAAAUUAAAAGCGAUGAACAUGUUAAGCAAUGCAGGGAUAAUUUUCAGUACUAUUUUGGAGGAAAACAUAAACUUAAUCUGAAGCUUAUGGUAUUUUUUACGUCACAUAAGAGCUGGCUAGUUUUUUUCAGAAAUUUGGAAGUAUUAAAUUGAGGGAUAAAAUCUGUCAAAAUAUUUCUAAUUUAAAACAGGUUUCGAAUACAGGUAAGUGAUCUCUCAAUUUGACUAAAACGAACUUUACGAUUUUUUUAUCCGAGGCAAAAGAAAAUUAAUGUUACUGUUCCUCUUGUUAUGGAAUACUAUAAUCAAGCAAGUGAUGGAAACUCUUAGGAAUUAUCAUUGAUCAGCACCUUUCCAAGAAAUCUCAUUUUAGUUUUUGUUUCUCAAAAGAUCUCGAAAACUGUGAGGAUUAUUGCAAAAGCUCACUAUUAUCUAUCAUCCAAAUUGUUUCUGACCUUAUAUUACUCUCCAGUAAAUCCCUGCGUAACAUACUGUAAUGUUGCCUGGUCCUCCACCUAUUAUUCUAACCUAAAGUGUAUUUGCCUUUUGCAAAAGCGCAUAGUGUGGCUUAUAUCAAAAGCUCACUAUGUAGCAUAUACCACCCAAUUAUUUAGCAAACUUAGCUUUUCAUAAACUCUUUUUAAGUAGUAACCAGGUUCACCGUUAUGAAACUCUACUAGCCUCUCAGUAUAGACCUCAUUUUUGUGGAACUAAUAUUAAGCAGUUCAGUAUCCUUUAUCGAGGACCAACAAUCUGGAAUUCUUUACCAGUUACACUAAUCAGCUCCUCUUCCAUAUUUGUUUUUAAAAAUAUCUGAAGUCGUUCUGUCGCUUAAGUUUUAUGUUUUCUGUACGCUCUGCAUUCAAGUAAGCCUUUGUAAUAUAGCUUAUGGAAGCCUAUUAAUAUAUGCUCCCAGCUUAUUUAGACAACUUAAAAUUUAAUUAACACCUCUUGUAUCGUUUUAUUAUUAUGCAAUGUGAGUGACUAAAAAAACAAAUGAAUGAAUGACAUGAACUCCAGUGGUCGCCAGCUUGAUUUGAAACCCGUGAUAGUAGAUGGUAGUAUGGUGCAGACUUAAAAAAUAGAUAAAACUGUCUCUGUCUGUUGUCUUUUGAAACACAUUUUUAACUGAACAAUGGUUUUUUUUUUUACAGGAAGUGGCUCGGGAUUGCCUUUAUUAGUUCAACGGACAAUAGCUAGACAAAUUCAUCUGGUGGGACUCAUUGGUAAAGGAAGGUUUGGUGAAGUUUACAAAGGGCUCUGGCGAGGUCAGAGUGUUGCAGUCAAGAUUUUCUCAUCUCGAGAUGAGUGCUCAUGGUUUCGUGAAGCAGAAAUCUAUCAGACAACCAUGUUGCGGCACGAAAAUCUGUUAGGUAUGACAACUUACAUUUUGUAUACUCUUACUGUUUUUCCUUUUUUAAAUAAUAAUAUUAUAUACUUUUACUUGAUUUGACCUGAGUGGAAUGCUUUUAAACUAGUUGGUGUUAAAAGAGCCCUGCCCAAAUGUAUCUAUUACAGUGUUGAUUAUGUUUUGUAAUUGUACAAUGAAGAAUGGUGGAACUUUAUUUUAAAAAAAUGUUUUCUUUUUAAAACAUCAUGCCGGGUAAAACUUACAUGUAGACAACUUCUAUUUUAUCAUUCUUGCUGUGUAUUUGUUCCCUACUUUCUAUACAAAUUAAUCGUAACAAAAGGAAAACAUAGCUGCAGACAUAUUCGUCAUUUUGACAGCCUGUUAUUUCAAAUCUUCCCAAACUCCUAAAAUACCAAAAUAAUUAUACCACUACACUGCGAAAUGACGAAGAAAACGAAGUAUGUUAAGCUUAGUGCAGUGAAACCUAUAUUAAGUGGACCCCCAACUAAGCGGACACCCUCUAUUAAGCAGACACUAAACUGGGUCCCGAAAUUGAUCUCUCAUAUUUCCCUUUAUAACAAACCCCUAUUCAGCGGACACCUCUAUUAAGCGGACGCGGACACUAAAAUAGAUUAUAUUUUGCUAAUUUUCUCGGUUUUCACAUGACGUCACCAAAACUCAAACUAAGAAACUAUCGAUUCUUCUCAGUUUCUGAGUUUCAUGAGGUAAUACAGCACCUAAACACCUUUAUUUAAACAAAGUUUUGGUUCGAAAGGGUUCUUCGUUUUGCGAUAGAGGACGUUUGAAUUUCUAGGCUUUCGUGUGACGCGGCAUUUAGCUGGCGGCUAGGAAGAAGGCUCUUUAGUUGGUUUAAAACAUUAUCAAUUUUGGGAGAUUUUGCUAUCUAAACAUUCCUUGUCUCAGAAUAAAUAUCACUUUAAUCCUUUAUGAAUUUUUCAAGCGAUGAAUUCACGCAUUACUUGGAAAACUCAAAAACGGAUGUUUCUGUUGUUUUCUAGCAGCCAUAUUUGUGCCCCUCAAAGAGACACAAACAUGGCGUCUCCAUACAAAGUUUUAUAAAUUUGGGUGAACCGUUUUUCCGAAUAUCUCACAUAUGAAAUAUCCCACAGACCUGAUUCUUGGCGAGGCCUUUAAGAAAUAAGAGUUGAGACUUACAUAACUGAAGCCUGAAUGAGCAGGGCCAUAGCCAGACAUAGUUACUAACUGAAGUAAAAUCGGUGCAACAAUUAAUCCUCUAUAGCCGGCUAGGCGAUAUCUAUUUUUAGUUUUUUUUUCAUUUGUUUCACAUAAGGCACAUGAAAGAGACUUGAAUUCUGGCUAGGCGAUAGCUGUUUUUAGUUUUUCUUUUUAAUUUUUUCGCAUGUUUCGAAGAAGACUUUAUAAAGUAGGAGCUAACUAGGUCUAGAGCUUUAUCCGAGAAGCGAUAUGAUUCUAAUUUUUUAAUAAGAAGGGGAGAGUAAAGUGAAUCAAAUGCCUUACUCAUAUCAGUAGGUAACAUGCCAACUAAUUUUCCACUAUCUAGCUCCAUUUUCCAUUCUUCUACAAGUCGGAUGAGGGUUGUCUUGCAGCUGUGUGUUUUCCUAUAUGCUGUUAAGUUAUCACUGAGGAUGGGGUCCAUGAAAUUUGCAAUUUCAGGGUUCGCAAAUACGCCAAAUUUGGCGUAAUUUACGCCAAAAUUGUUCAGAUGACUCCACUGAGGUUACGGAGGGAGUCACUUCGACUUCACAAAUUUUCGGUAACAAACAGGGAGCCACUUCGACUCCAGAAAUUUUCGGUAACAAACACAGUUUUGUCCUUGCCUUUUUCGCAACAAAUACAAUUUACGUUAAUUGUAAACGUUGUAAACCUUAAUUAAAUCAUCGAAAUUAAAGAAUUAUACUGCACGACAAAACAGGAAGAGGGUAAAUUACGAUCAAAGUUUACUCAAUGACCGCCAUCAUGGAUUUGAGCUUUCCAGGUCAGCGGACCAUCACAGCUAGUUCGUGUAUCCCUCACGAUAGUUUAUACAUGCCAGGACCACGUGCCGGAAAGUCUGAAAAUGGCUUUUUUCGUUGUGAUACCUGACUCCAAAUAUUACAAAAUGACUCCAAAAUUUGUGAAGCAGAAGUCACACCGACUCCACUCAUCAAUAAAAUUUGCAAACCCUGUAAUUUGUUUGCUCAAUAACUUUUCAUAAAUUUUACCCACAACAGGUAAAACAGUGAUUGGUCUAUAAUUGCUUGUGCCUUGUCUGUCAUCCUUUUUAAAUACAGGAGUCCAUAUUCCCCUUUUCCAAGUUUUCGGCCAUGCUGCCCUCUCUAUGAAAGUGUUAAAAAUCAUCCAUAGUGAGGGGCAACUUCCUUUGAGAUCAUUUUUAAGAGACUGGGAGGCAAGCCAUCGUGACCCGAAGCUUUAUUGACAUUCAGACAUUCCAUUUCUUUCAUUACCUCUGCUGGCUUUAAGCUGGAGAAGGUGAAAGGUCGUCUAUCAGAUCCACUCAACGUUUCCCUUAUGUUUUUUACACAAACAUGUGCACUAAAAUUUUCUUCCGUUAAGUUUAGGGUGUCUGUACGGUCAAUGUUGUUUGCUUUUGUGGAGAAAUAAUAAGAUCAGAAUUCCAAUGUUUAGAAGGUUUACCAUUUAUAUUAAGAGUGAUGUUGUUCCCAGCACAUGCAUCCUUUUUACGGUUUAAGAAGCGAUUAAAGGUGUUGUAGAAUUCCUUAGAGCUCAGAUUAUUGCAUACCUUUUGCCAAUAGGACCUAAUUGAUUUGCAUCUUAACUUUGUAGCCUCCUUGCGCCAUUUGUUCUUGAGUUCCAGAUUUAGCUGUUUUCUGUUUUUGCUGAAUUGUUUUGAGAACUUCCUUUUGUUUCUGAUAGCUCUCUUCCAUUCACUUGUCAUGUAAGGGACGUCUUGUUCUCGUACUCUCAGCUUCUUAAAAACGGCGCAUGUUCGUCCAAGACAUGAUUCAGUAGACCUUCCCAGAAGCUACACUUAUCCUCGAUCAACCAAAAAUUUCUCCAACAUGCCACGGUGCAAUAUGCAGAUUGUAUUUCAGGUCUUCUUCAUGGAUACCUUUAAGAUUUCGAAAGGUGAUAAUUUUACUUGAAUGAUAAUUAUGUAGCCUUGAUUUUCAAUAUCCGGUAUACCAAUGCAUGGUCCCUCAGUUCUGGGUUAAAAACAUCACACCCUUGAAAGAGGUAUGGCUUUUUAGUGAGAAUGAUAUCCAGAAGGUCUGUGGUCUGUUAUUCUAGUGGGUUUCUCAUUGAGGCAAGAAAAAACAUCUUGCCCUCUUUUCGUUCAGGUCUCAAGCGAUCUAGGUUGAGAUCCCCAAGAACUAUAACAAAAUGCUUUUAAAGUGCAGCAAAGAUACAGAUGUCGUUUAGCUCUAACCUGAGGUAGUAUUGCUCACCGAUAGAUUUUGGGGUCUGUAGAUUCCAACUACUUCUGCAUCAUGUUUUCCAAAUUUGGCUUCAACGAUUAAUGGUUCAAUAGUUGAAAAUUUAAGGUGAAAUUGUAAUUUAGUGGAUGGCGUUCUCGAGGAUAUAAAUGCCAUAAUACCACCCCACCCUUGGUGCGGUCACUGGGGUAGAUGCAUGUCAUAGCCACUGAUUUUGAACUGAGCAGUGGGAUAAGAUGCAUCAAUUUUUGUUUCUGUAGGAAAGAAGACUUGUGCUUUGAUUUCUUUCAUAAGCUGUUUCACUUCCUCAAAUUUAUUUUGGACUCCAUUGAUGUUCAAAAUUAUGCAUUACAAGAAUCUCUCGGUCAUCAUCAUUCCUUGAUUUAAUAACUUCUGGAAGGGAAUUCGCACUGGUGUUUGACAAGUUUGACGUGUUCAGUGUCUCUGCAUAAUGUUCGCCUUCGUCCAACAAAAUUGAUGCAUCAGCAAAAGGUGUCACCGUUUUCACUGUUGUCAGUGUUGUCAAUGAUUGAUUGGCAAUAUUUUUUGCUGCGAUAGGGCGGUUAAAAAACAUGCUGGGCAAAUCCAGUUUGCUGGAGGCGUUUGUACUCCCUGAGCUUCACUCGACUGCACUUCAUAUGGCACCACAGUGUGCACUGAUCACAACUUAGUGCUCGAUGGUUACGGGCAAUUACUUUUUUGCAAACGGAGCAGCUUGUACGGCCAGGAUUUAAUUCAAUGUCUCCUCUAACAGUAAAACACGUAAAUUGAUAUCUAGAAUCAGAAUUCGGAUAAUACGGUACUCGUGACGCCAGGAGGCCUCUCCGACAAAAGGACAAUCCAAAAUGACGGACUUUACAAACUUGUCCAUCCAGGACGUUUGCAGACAAGAAACCAAAACUCAUUGGUCUGUGGAAUACCUUUCCUUACCUUUCUCUUCAUUGCCACAGCUGGUUACGUACAAGAGUAGAAACAGAGUUAAAGGCCAAAAGUAUCGAGACCAAAGACACGUACAUCCGGUCGCCAUUUUAAUUUUUUUUUGAUGCCUUGUUCCUUCGUACUAUUUUUACUCUGCCUUCGCCGGUCAGUUAAAUUAAAUUUUGUAAUUUAAUAGGGAAAGCCGACGUUGUAUAAGCCUCUUGGUUUCUUUGGGCUUUCCUGCCAUUUCCUGGCGAUUCUUGUCAUGUAUUUCUAUAAAAUAAGUAAACUGAACUAACUAAAUAAACUUAUCCUAACAUUUAAAGAUUAAAUUUGAACAGCAUCCUAUGUGGUCACAAUAUUGUCUUUAAACGCGCAGAUACAAAACUAAAAAGCCCUUACGUGUUUUACUGAUGUUAGGGGAAUAUGUCAUAGGAUUUCAAAGUUGCAUGUAUGGAGUACAUUUUUUGUGAUAAUGCAGGUUUAAGUAGUUGCUGAUACAUGUAUCUUUAUACGUACAAGAAAAUCAAUAACAUUUUUUCCUAAAGGCCCACCAUUCUUCAUUAAAGAUGCCAAAAAUCAUCGAAAUAUGUUAAUGGUAAAACGUUUCAGGCCACCUUAACCUUGCAUUUUGGACCACUGACCUAUUCUCUAUAUUCAAAACACUCUGCUUUGUGUUACAAUAAACACUAGUUUUGCAGCCGUCCAGGAUGGACUUUAUAUAUUCCCAAGAGCAUUUGAAAACAAUAACUUAUGGAAUUUUGUUUGAGGAGGGGGGCGAGUGGAGUGGAAGGGGCCAAACAGGAUUUAUUAGGGGGAUUCAUAAAUAUAUACAUCUUACUAGUGAGAACGUACUGUUCAUGAAGAGAAUAGUGCAAAGAAAAGGCACAGACUAUUUUUAUUGCAAGAGUAAUAAGUUAGAACUAUAAUAAUAUGCAGCUAUGACAGAGAGCUCACUGACAAUACAAGUGUUGUUCAAAGAUGCUCGGGAAGUAACGUUUUAAUUAAUAAUGUUAAAUGAAUUAUCCUCUCAGGCUUUGUAGCAGCAGAUAACAAAGAUAAUGGUGCUUGGACCCAGCUGUGGCUUGUAACUGACUACCUGGAGAGAGGGUCUUUGUAUGACUACCUUCAGUUUGUUACUUUGGAUGUUGAGGCAAUGCUUAAGUUGUGUGUCUCUAUUUCCAGUGGAUUAGCACAUCUCCAUAUAGAGAUUGUUGGUACCCAGGGUAAACCUGCGAUUGCACAUCGGGACUUAAAAAGCAAGAACAUUCUUGUGAAGAGAAAUGGUAAGGAAGUGGAUUUAAUAACAUCAACAAGUCAUUAUCAAAAGGAUAUCACAAUAUACACUGAAUGUCAGGUCCCCAGAGAAACAGUUUUGUUUUUUUGAGACCCCUUAGAUAACAAAACUAAUUGGUUUCCCAAGAGACCUGACAUUAAGUUUUUUGCUUUAUUCUUAGACUUUCACUUCAAAAGUAGCAAAGAAUAAGUAGAGCGAAUCAAAACAUUGUUGGUACUUGUAAGAACAAAUUUAUUUUUUAAAAUCGCCAAGUGAAUGACUUUCCUUCCUUCCUUUCUUAACUAUUCUUAGGUGUUAUAUGCAUCUUUUUACUCCAGUAGCUGCUGUUUCUCUUCUGGGAUAACUUGGAAAUUUGUUGCUUUUUAGCUUACGGUUUUUAUGUUUGUUUUUUUGUUUUCAUUCACGAGCGUGAAAACUGGCAGUGUUUUUUUCCCGCCUUCUGUCACGUCACUUUCCACCAUGCUUUGGUCACGUGAUGUUGUGUCCUGAGGGGGAUACAAUUGCUCAAAAUUAACGUGUCAAGAUCGGGAUACAUUUGUUUUUAGUCAAGGAAGUCCCUGUUUAGUUGAGUGAAAGCCUACAUCUCUAGGAAUAUAGGAAUAUUUGGUUUUUGAUUUUAGAUGGCUCCAAGCCAUGGAAAGGUUACCUUUUUUAUAUCUAACUACUUCAUAGUUAACCGACUUGCUAAUAACACUGAUAAGCAGACUGUCCCAGGAACACACUAAUUCUUAACAUCUCAUUGUUGUGAGAUUUUUAAAGUUCUUCAUGUUUCAUUCAUCUCAAAAAUAUUUUUUACAUAUUAGGUAUAACUGCGCAACCGGUAAUUUGACAAACAAUAAUUGACUGUUAAACUGUGACAAGAGACAGAUUGAAACGCGCCAAUGGACAUUUCGAGUCUUCAUAGCCAACAGCAUCAUGGCUUAACUGACAGACGAUUGUGACUUAAUUGACCAAUCAGGUGAAAAACCAGGGAGAGUUUAAUACCAUCGUCUGACGUUAUGCAAGUCACUUUGACUCUGAAGAUGACUACUGCACGAAUUAUGGGAACGUCAGUCACUGUCAACAACAGUCAUAUCCAGGACUACGUUCACCUGGACGAUCAUCCUCAACCUACUUAUUUAAAGUAUAAUAAUUAUGCUGAGAUUUGUGACUUACCGGCUAAACAUCCUAUUUAUGAUUUUAGUCCAUGUUCAUCUGCCUGGAGUAGCUGCUCUCUCUGUCCCCUCUUUAAACUCCUUUGUCUUCAGAGCAAUACUGGGGAGUGUUUUCUGACUUCCGUCAUGCCUCUUUUUUCUUAUAUCCUGAUAAAUACAUUUCAGGGAAAUGCACUUUACUGGUCUAUACUGUCACUAAACUGUUCAGUUCUACUCCUUCUCUACUGCAACCUAAUUCUCUUAAAAUUCUAUCGUUUCUUCCCUUACAUUUGUAAGUUUAAAUUAAUUAUGUGGACAAGUUUAUAUUGAAGAAGUAAAAAUGAGUUCAGGGCAGCUAACAUUUUGUACACUUGUGCCCAUUUCACUUUAUUCAAAACUUACAAUGUAAUAACUAGAUUUGCAAUACAUUUUGCAUUGAGUAGUAGUCAAGCAAUUUCUUGAAAAUGAUUAUUUGAAGGAAGGAAUUUCAAACUACAGUUUACAUGUACCAGUAUGACAAAGAGUAUUUACUUUCUGGUUUGGUAGGGACAUGUUGUAUUGGUGAUUUGGGACUUGCUGUGCGUCACAACUCAGCUAAUGAUACAGUGGAUGUGCCACAUGGCAACAAAGUUGGUACGAAACGUUACAUGGCACCAGAGUUUCUUGAAGACAACUUUCAUGUGCGACAUUUCGAUGCCUACAAGCGUGGUGAUGUGUAUGCCUUUGGUCUUGUAUUGUGGGAGAUAGCUAGGAGGUGUGUGUCAGGAGGAACUUGUGAUGAAUAUCAAUUACCGUACUAUGACAGAGUUCCAUCUGAUCCCAGUGUUGAAGACAUGAGGAAAGCGGUUUGUAUCGAGAAUUUCAGGCCAGUUGUUCCUGCCAGAUGGAGUCAAGAUCAGGUACUUUAUUUUAUGUGACAUUUUAUCAGCUUCUUGUAUAACUUCCUGUUGGUAUUGUGAAUAUUAGACAAUAAAUUGUAUUAUAACUUAAUUGCUGCAAAAUGUGACCUUCUUUGCCGGGGAAUGAAACAAAAUUUCAGAUUUUCUACACUUUAUCAGAAAGACCUGUUAAAUGAACUUCUGACGAGUGACACAUCAAGUGGCUAAUGUCAAAAACUAUCGCCAUCUUUCACCAGUGACCUCCCUUAGCUAUUAAUUUUAAUCAGAGGGAUUGCUCAUUCACUCAAGUGUUGUAUAGGCCAACAACUGCAUGUGCUUAAGAGAAGGCAAGGCUUUUUUACUUCAGAGGCCAUGUAGACAACAUAUCGUUAUUAUGAAAAACAAAGGGGACAAAAGGGUGAAGAAGAAGUUGGAGAAAACGUGAAAAGACCACAGCUUUGUAAAACAAUCAAUAUUCACUUUACACCUUUUUUGUCUUGAAUACUUCAUCAAAGACUGUGGUACAUUUGUGAAUUUUUACAAUAACGAUUUUGAUGUACAGUGGAGACCCGCCUUACGGCCACCUUGGUAAUACGGUCGCCUCGUUAUUACGACCACGUUUUUUUGCCCGACAAAACGGCCGUACAUUUUCUUAUAAAAAACCCUCGUUAAUACAGCCAACGGUCACAUUUUGAAGUCCCAUACAGUAGAAUCUUUUAUAAUUUCACACCGUUAAUACGGCCACUCGUCCGAAAUUUAGAAAAUUAAAAUGCUUGGGCCUGAUCUUGUAUUGUUUUAUGGACUUUGGUAUAUGUAAAAUGCAUUUGUGGCGGUUUAAUAGCCGAUUUUUAGAAGUGCUAUCUUUGCUGAAGGAAAGUUUCAAGUAGUUUUUACAAUUACUGUACGUGAAUUUACAUUCCGGGUCUUAGAAAUCAUACUUGGCGCGCACCAUGGGGUGUUUGUUAAAGAGAACAGUUGUUCAAGAAGUGGGAACGCGAUAUAUCAUAGUUAAUUGAGUGGAAUGGUUAUGAAACCCUUCAGACUCCUUUGUUAUAUGUUUUUGUGGACCUGAAAGUGCACAACGUUCCAAAGAAUUCCUAUCAUUUUGAUUGUAUUGACCAAUAAAAACGUUGCAUUAAUUUAUUCCGUAACAAUUUGCCAACAGAAAACAAAGGAUUGUGCACUUUCACGGUACUUCCAACAUUAACUGCAGCACUGUUGUUCUUAUCAUUGAUGUUUGCCGCUUUUCAUAUCCAGUCUCCUCUAAUAACUAUGGAUAUAUGGUGUAUUUGUUGUUACAGCCCUUAAGUCAUGAACUUUGACCCUGCCCCAGUAAUACGGCCACUGUAUAAUUGUGAGGCUAGACACUCUUAAUAAACUUAGAUAACUCAGCACUCUCCUUGUAAAUAAGUUCAACAUGUGCUUGUGUUUACUAGUAAGAGCUGCAAAUUUAAAAAUUAUUCAAUGCCAUGAACUUAAUGCUCACCAGUGGACACAUGUAAUGAUUGUUAUUAUUAACAUUGUGUCAAGACUUUCUGUUAUUCUCACACUUAACACACUGUAAAUUUUUUUUGGCGUGGGAUGUUUAGUCUUCAUACAAGUGUUAUCAUUUCCCAUAUUCAACACAUUUUUGAAAUCCAUCACCAAGAAUCGCGUCUUUCUAUUGUCUGUUUUUCCACUGUAUGCAGUUUCUCCACGAGAAGACUCACAACUGUUACUCUUGCUCUGCAGGCACUGCAGUCUGUUUCAAAGGUUAUGAAGGAAUGUUGGUAUGGAAACAGUGCUGCCCGACUAACAGCCUUGAGAAUCAAAAAGACUCUGACAGCUCUCUGUCAAGCUUAUGAUGUGGAUAUCAUGGUGUAAUAAUGCUGCUGCCCUAUGGAUAUCACAACCUAAAUGUUCUGCAAGCAGAUGAUUGACAUCCUCCUGGCAUAUGGAUAUCUUACUUAAAGGAUCUUCCUACAGUGUACAUGUAGCAUGCGGAUAUCCUGUCCAAGUAUCCUCUUGGAAAGUGAAUGUUUUGUGCAUGUGGAUUACAAGCAACAAACACUGUACCUACACGAACAACGUGGGCAUGUACCACACUACUGCCAAAGGUACAAUGAAGAAGCUGGCACCACCAGUAAGACACUGUGCAGCACAUUUCUCGUACUAAUCUAGGUGAAAAACAGACCCCAAUAUUUGGGGCAGUUCAUUCAAACAAAGCUCUUUCAGAAUAUUAUUAGCCACACAUGGACCUUUGCCAUUCACCUUCCCCAUGUAAAGCAAACGCUUUGUCAUUACAAAUAUUUUAUUCACUAAAUUGAAAUGUGUUUUUCAUUUAUUAGUACAUAUCAAAACCAUUAGAUAUCAUAUCCCUUUCAUAAGUAGGUGUUGUGCGAUUGUCCGGAAGAGUAUAGUCCAGAAUAGGAUUGCUGUUGACUAUGUCUGACAUUGCGACAACCUUUGCCGAAGUCAUCGUCAGAGUGAAACUCAAGGUGACAUGGUGUUAUUGACUGCUUGUUAGCCAAUUACAUCACUGCUCUACAAGCAGACGACCAAUAAAAUCGCCGUUUACUUGACUAAUCAGGUCAAUAAACACAGGCAAAUACCAUCAACUGACGUUGCACGACUCACUUUGUCUGAGAUGAUAUUGUGAAAUGUCAGCAACAGUCAUAUUUAGGACUACAUUCGCCUCCGUUCACCUACUUUUGACUCGGCUCCUGGGCUGAAGCCAUUUUCAAUUCCCAUCUAGUUGUGUUAUUGGACAAAGUGGAUGGAACAAAGCAAACUUGUUUAUGAAAUCCAGGAGGAAUAUAGAUAAUUAGUUUCAAGUCCUCUCUUGAAAUUGUGUAGGUAACCAGAUGUCAAGAAGGACACCAUUUAGUGGCCUUGUGCCAGCAUUUUAUGUAUCAUAUGUUCUUAUCACAGUACUUUAAGUACAGUAC